UCAUGAUCAUGCCGAACGCCGCGUGAGGAUUCUCAUGGCAGCAGCGCGACAUAGAGUGCUGUCACGGUCGCUUUGAUCGCCAUUCGACUUACGCAUGCCAAAGGAACCCGAGGGUGCAAAGUCAGGCGAAGUGAAACACCUUGUGCGAGCGAAUGACCACUGCUCUAGUUGCCUAUUUGAACGGCUGGGUGGAGUUCUUUUAUUCGAUUGUGGUUGUGCUCGAUUCGAUUUGGUGCAAGGUCCUCGCCAAGCUCACGAAAGCAUCAAGGCGACGAAUACACGUGAGUCUUGUCCCUCGAAUUGCAGCUUCAUCACAGCCAAGAGAUCGUCAAGCGAUUCGCGGUCCUCGUCCAGCGUCGUUCUGGGAGCCCAGAUCGGAGGAUGGUAGUGGCAAUCAAGAUGAAGAUCUUCACCAUUGUGUUAGUCUCCAUUCACCAUUCAAAGAUUGAUUGAGCGUCUUGGCUGUCAGCUCGAUCGGUAUGGAAGGAGCGAUGCGGGAUACGUGACA